AUGAGCAGACCUGCGGCACUUAGCACGUCUGUACGAUCGUCCAAUGGCUUUCUUUCCUCCUCCCCAUUGGCGCAGCGGUCAAUCUUGAAGGAUCUGGCAGACGCUGAAGAAGAGGGGGAGGCCGCUGGCCAUGGAGUCGCCAUUCCUACGGGCGGAAAUGACGAACAUGCGGGUGGCCAUGAGCAACACUAUUCCAUGUCAGGCUCAUAUCGAAGGACUUCCUACGUCGCUUCGGGACCACGGCCACUUUUCCCUUCCGCUUCAGCGCCGGACCCAAGACGAGCAAACGAACAAGAUCGAGAUGCCGCGCUUGCCGAAGAACGAAGCCUUCUACGAGACAACCAGUUGAUUCCUCCCAAACACCCUCGGACCACGAGUGCUCUGUCAAACAAACCUACUGGGCUUGUGAANAAGAACUUUGUCAGUGGAUUUGUGCCUAGAAAAGGUAGUGCCGAUGAAGAAACAGCUAUCGAGGAUGGAGGACCAGAUGAAAACACCUCCCUACUGGGCAAUCCUGCAGAACCUUACGGAGGUGUUGAUACUCCUGAGGACAUCGAUAAGAGAUGGGAAGAGGCCGUUGCGUCAGGCAAGAUCAAGACGACAUGGCAAAGAGAGGCAGUCGUACUGGCACGGUACUCCCGUUCCCUGAUCUUAACAUUCCUUCUGCAGUAUUCCUUGACUGUUACUUCGGUCUUUACAGUGGGUCAUAUUGGUAAGCUUGAAUUGGGUGCCGUAUCUCUCGCUUCUAUGAGUGCCAAUAUAACUGGCUAUGCUGUGUACCAAGGGUUGGCUACCAGUCUGGAUACUCUUUGCGCACAGGCUUAUGGAAGCGGUAACCGGACUCUUGUUGGAUUGCAGCUGCAGCGUAUGGUUUAUUUCCUGUGGGUCUGCACUAUCCCAAUUGCCCUCAUCUGGACAUCUGGCCCAAGAAUCAUCGGCGCAAUCGUGCCAGACCCAGCGACGGCAGAUUUAGCAGGACGAUACCUUCAGGUCCUCAUAUGCGGUGCUCCAGGUUAUGCUGCGUUCGAAGCGGGAAAGAGAUUUGUGCAGGCACAAGGAAGAUUCUCUGCAACGCUUAUUGUGCUCCUGGUGUGCGCGCCGCUUAAUGUGUUCCUACACUGGCUUUUUGUUUGGCAGAAACUGCAGUGGGGAUUUAUAGGAGCUCCCAUAGCCGUGGUGACCAUUGAGAACCUCAUGCCGCUGUGCCUGUUCCUCUACGUUCGUUUCGUUGGCGGCUCAGAGUGUUGGGGAGGAUUUACUCGUCUCGCCUUCAAGAACUGGAUGCCAAUGAUCAAGCUUGCUCUCCCUGGUCUUGUGAUGGUUCUUGCUGAGUAUUUGGCUUUUGAGAUCUUGACGCUCUCAGCCAGCUGGAUCUCGCCGACUCACCUUGCGACACAAAGCGUCCUCAGCACGAUUUCGAGCAUCACUUACCAGAUUCCCUUCCCGAUCAGUAUUGCCGCGAGUACCCGUAUCGCCAAUCUAAUCGGCGCAACACUCUCGGACGCUGCUAAGGUCAAUGCCAAGGUCUCGUUGUAUGCUGCUUUGAUUGUUGGUAUUUUCAACAUGGUUCUGUUGAGCUCCACCAGAGAGUAUAUCCCGAGGCUUUUUACCAACGACGCCGAUGUCAUUGCUCUUACGGCAAGAACGCUUCCUCUGAAUGCUGCCUUCCAACUCUUUGACUCGAUUGCUGCCCUCUGCAAUGGCAUCUUGCGUGGUCUUGGUCGACAAGAAAUAGGAGGUUAUGUGAAUCUGUUCGCUUAUUAUGUCGUAAGUCAACCAUGUUCAUUUGAUUCUGACUGUCUUCUCACGAAUUCUAGNAUUGCUAUGCCCAUCUCUUUUGGAACUGGAUUCGGUCUGCACUGGGAUCUCUAUGGACUAUGGGCUGGACCUGCAAUCGCACUCGGAAUCGUUGCUGCCGUUGAGGGUUGGUUCAUAUACACGACUAGCUGGGAGAAGGCUGUCGAAGAGGCUCAGGAGAGAAACUCUCAAGGGAAUGCCUAA